AUGAGCAACCUACAAGUUCUUGAUGCAUCAGAUAAUAAUUUGAGUGGUUUGAUCCCGGAGUGUCAAGUCAAGCUGGCAAGUCUAUCAGUUUUGAACUUGAAAGGAAACAGAUACGAUCAAAUGCCUUCUACUUUUACAUUUGCCUACAAUAAUCUUCCUUCUCUUAAUAUCAAUGGCAAUCGCUUGAAAGGGAAGCUGUCAAGAUCACUGGCCAACUGCAAAAUGUUGGAGAUUCUUGAUUUAGGAAACAACAUGAUAUCUGAUACUUUUCAAUUUUUGUUGGAAAAACUCCCUUCACUCAAAAUUCUUAUCUUGCGAAACAACAUGUUCUAUGGUCAAGUAGAGAUUCCUAAAACAAAGUUUGUGCUACCAAGCUUACGCAUAAUUGAUUUGUCCUCCAAUAAUUUCACUGGAAAGUUGUCUACAUAUUUCCUGCAGAGUUUGAGUGCAAUGGCUAUGGGCGAGGAACACAAAUUACUGUCUAGUCUCAUUGGAAAGUAUGAUAGCUACUACCAUGAUUCAGUGACCAUCAUGAACAAAGGAUAUGAGAUGGUGUUGGUUAAGAUCUUGACAAUAUUUGUAGCUUUGGAUUUGUCAAACAACAAGUUCCAUGGCAAUGUUCCCAAAGAGAUAGGCGAACUGAAAUCACUUAUUGUGCUCAACCUAUCUCGAAAUGCCUUCAUUUGCAACACUGUCAUCUCAAUGGUCCAAUCCACCCUUCAUUUGCAACACUGA